GAAGAUGGCUGCGCCCUCAAAAUUAGAAAUAUUUCAGAAAAUUUCAAUAUUUAGUUAAUAUGUGUCAUACUACAAUGUUUUGAGACACAUAAAGGUGAUCAUAUGUGGAUUAACUUAUUCUCAAUUCGAAAGUUGUAUAAUAUUACUAUAUUACUAUUGUGUUCAUACCGCAAAUAUUUUUUAUUCAUCACCGGCGAAAUAUAGUCAUCCAUUAUCACCCACCAAAUAUAAAAAUGUGCAAGUGUAAAAUUUAGGUGGAUGUUUCAAAAUAAAGAUGAGAUUGUCCAGGAUGAGAUAUUGUCUCCAUUUCACGAAUGACUUAUUUAGUGAAUAAGAUCUUGACAAAAUGAAUAUAAUACUCCAAUUAUCUCGUAAAACCUUCAAUACCUGUAUUCGAAAAAGACUGCUUUUGAGACAUCUUCAAAAUGAGCAAGGAGAAAGAUCACUAAAACAAUACUGCUCAAUUCAUACAAGUGUAACACUUUAUUGUAAAACAUAUAUACUUGGUAUUGAAACAAGUUGCGAUGAUACAGGGGCAGCUGUUGUGGAUAAUGGGGGAAAUAUACUUGGAGAAGCUUUGAAUUCGCAAACAGAUAUCCAUGUCCAAUUGGGUGGUAUUAUUCCUCCUGUAGCCAGGGAUCUCCAUCGCCAAAACAUAGAUGAUGUAGUCAAAUUAGCAAUGGACAGGGCAAAGCUCAAAUAUGAGGAGCUGAAUGCUAUAGCUGUUACAGUGAAGCCAGGCCUGGCACUUUCCCUUGCUGUUGGUAUCAACUAUGCUAAAGACUUAGCUUUGAAAUUUAGGAAGCCUUUGAUCCCCAUUCACCAUAUGGAAGCUCAUGCCCUGACACCUAGGAUAGAAACGAGAAUUGACUUCCCUUAUUUAGUGUUGCUUGCUAGUGGAGGGCACUGUCUCCUUGCUGCAGCACAAGGUGUAGAUCAAUUCAAGCUGAUUGGGAAAGGUCAGGACAAUUCCCCUGGGGAGGCUUUUGAUAAGAUUGCUAGGAGAUUGAAGCUUAUCACAUUGCCUGGUAUGCAAGGUUUAAGUGGGGGUGCAGCCAUUGAGCAACUUGCACAGAGAGGAGAUCCAAAAUCUAUUGAGUUUCCCAAUUCUCUUUCAAAGCACCCUAACUGUAACUUCAGUUUCGCAGGAUUACAAACUCAGGCAAACUACUUCAUAGCAGAAAUUGAGAAACAAAAUGAUAUAAAAGGUCCUGAAGUUAUCCCAGGAGUGGCUGACUUCUGUGCAUCAUUCCAGUAUGCCAUCACUAGGCAUAUCUGCCAGAGGGUUCAGAGGGGUCUCAUAUACUCUGACAUGAAGGAACUCAUCACUACAGAUAAAAAACAAAUGGUGCUAUCAGGGGGUGUUGGAAGUAAUAUGUUUGUUCGCAGAAGUCUGGAGAAAGUCUGCAAACAUUAUAACUUUGAACUUGUCUGUCCUCCUCCCAAACUGUGUACAGACAAUGGUGUCAUGAUCGCAUGGAAUGGAAUGGAGAGGUUGAACGCGAACUGUGGUGUUCUUGAAGAUGAAAGUGCAAUCAAACUGGUGGACUUAGAACAUAGGGCACCAUUGGGAAUGGAUAUAACACAAGAUGUAACUGAGGCUGGGAUCAAGAUAAGAAGUUCAAGUAAAGUGAAACUGUUGUGAGACAACUGCACUGCGCCAAAGUCUGAAUUGUUUGACCUUGUCCCUUUAAAGGACAGGUUAGAAUAUAUUUGCUAUCAUCAUACAAGUCUUUCAUAAGAGUGCUGCUUGCUGCAGUGCAUCAAGUGACAAUGCCCCAAGACCUGCUGUUUAUUGUGAAAACAUGGACAUUCUUAUAGAGUGGAAUAUGAAAACUGCUGGUGAUUUUCACAUCACAGAUGGUCUUUAGUGGAGAUCUAAGGAUUGAGUUAUAACAUACAUUUCAGUGUACAUGUUGACUGAUGAAAUGAUUUACAUGUACAUGCACCAUGCAUAGAGCAUGUAUGCUUUUUAGUAUACAUGCCUGGGUGGUUCUCCUUUGUCAUUGUAUCAAUGGUGUGUUCAGACUGAAUCAUCAGAUCUUAUUUAGUUGAUGAUCUCGUAAUGCAUACUAUAGGGACAGAAUAUAAGGAACAUUGGGGACAGAAAAAAGGAAAUAAAAAUAAGGAAUAUGUGAAAAUGUUAUGUAUGACGUGACAUCAAAACAUUUUUGAAUUGGAGGGUCUAAAAUAGAGAAUGCAAAAAUAAUGAGUUGACAAUAUACCUGAGAGGUGACUUAUUACAUGCAUAACUGUAAUUUAAAGUGUGGACAGGUAGAAGUAUUUUUGAAUGAUCAGAUUGAAAAUAUUUUGUCUGAAUGGUACUAAUGUAUUGCAUUGUCCUAAAAAUGAAUAAAUUAUGACUAUAAAAACAUAUCAUUUUAUAGAAAGGUUUAUCAGUCAAAAAUCAUAAAUAUGC